AUCUGAUUCUGGAGUGAGUUUUGUUUUGACUUUGUGGAUCUUUGGAUAGCUUUCCAUAACAACAUUGAUGUGGUUACAGUGGCUUAACAUGGAACUGACCUGAGACUUCAAAGAGUUGGGGCAAUGGCUGCUUUCAACCAUCAGAAUUUUUCUUCUUCUUUCAACUUUCAAGACUUUUCUUCCCGCCUGAACGAACCUGAUGCUAUAAUUGUUGAGAUAGCCAGUGAGGUGACUUCGAGUCAAGUUGUAAAACCCGACAUAGAAGACGAUCAGAAGCGAUGGCUUAUUGUUGGAAUAUGUCUGCACAGCAUCAUAUCUCCCGCCUUAAGACAGUACAUUCCUCCCGUUGUGAGCAAAUUGUACAGCACUUUGAAACGCAUAGACCAGAUUGACAAACAAGCAUACGCCAAAUAUCUAAAACGAUAUAAACCUACAAACAAAGAGCUCAACUAUGAGGCAAUUAACAACAACAGUGCUAUACCAAAGGUGAAAGGGAAGAAAGAUGUACAGAAAUAUAACUACAAUGUAACUAGCGAUGUGGACCUAACGAAGCUGUUUAUGAUAACCAGUAUGGCCCACUAUGCCGGGUUUGAUGAUACGUGUGACUCGUCGGCACUACUGGGAAUCAUUAUCAAUAUUGAUAAAUUCCCUGCUUUACCAAAGCAAACAGCUGAAAAGGUACGUGCAGAUAUUCGGAAUCCUUGGGCUCAUUGCAACUUUUCUGAGUGGGACAUCAUUAAGUAUCAAAACUCAUUCCAGCUAAUGCACCAGUUUAUACGGAACCUGCAACUUCCGGUACAGGAUGAGACAGCAAUUAUAGCGAAACUGACACACUGGCAAACAAAUGGAGUGCAGUUUCUACAAGGCACAACACUUGGUGUAGAGCUGGUACAGGAACUCAAAAAUGAAACAAGAGCGCUAAGUAAAUACAUUCUUGACAUUGUGCCACAAACAGGUGAGAGUUUCAAAGCUGUUCAUAAAGCUAUACUUUCUAUGGAAGGCACUUUAAAUGAAACAACUGAUAAAAUAAAUAAUCUAUUGACGGAUACGUCGGGAUUGAAAGGCAAUUUGAAUGCGCUGACAGAUACAGUAGAUGAUUUGCAAGAUGCACAUGAACAUCAUGCUGACACCAUUGAAAAGAUGAAGACUCAUAUAGAAGAUGUACAAUCUAAUGUCAAUAAAACACAGCUGGAGCUUGUUAAUUCCAUGCAGAAGGUUGACCACUUAGAAAGCCGUUUAGACGAUAUAUCUUUGGGAGUAUCAGAAAACAGGACUACACUACAUGAUACCAAGACAGAGAUUGUAUAUGCUAGGACUGAUAUUGAAAUUGCAAAAACCGAAGUUAAAAACACGAAGACUGAAUUGGAGGAUACAAAAGCUGACGUCGCUAAAAAUAGAGUUGAUAUUGAGGAGUUAACUAAAUAUUUAUCAUCUGUAAGGCCAAAUGGCAAAGUGUUUUUCUAUCCCCCAGAUAGAGUUUCUUCAUUUGUAAGUCGAGAGGAUGAAUUAGAAACGCUUCAAGACGAGUUUCAAAGACAUAGCAACGGCCAUCAUGUACAAGUUAUUUGUGGAUUAGGCGGAAUUGGAAAAACAACCUUGUCUGUUGAAUAUGCUUGGACUUUUCAAAGUUUUUAUCCUGGAGGUGUGUUUUGGAUGUCAGCGGAAACAACCGAAGCGUUGGAAGAUUCUAUACAACGUCUAGCCAUAGACACAAAUACAGUUGGGAAAGAUGCAAAAGAAACACUCACAAAGACGCUAAAAUGGAUGUCCUCUAUACAAGAUAGAUGGCUACUUGUGAUCGAUAAUGUAGAUAUGGAGGAAAUUAGAAGUGGUGUAAAAGAAUUGCUUCUCGGAGCUUGGAAAAGGAAUUCAAAAGGCCAUAUUAUAAUUACAUCUAGAAGGGAGGCGGAAGAAGCGGGAGAUGAGUUCAAUGUCAAAUUAAAGGACUGCAUUACACUAGAUAUACUGACUGAACGUGAAAGCGCUCAGUUCAUGACAACUCGCUCGGGCUGUAAGAAUGAUAAAAACGACCACAGUCUCGAAAUAUUGAUAGAGGAGCUCGGCGGUCUACCGCUCGCUUUGGAACAAGCAGCCGCACAUAUAAAAACUUUACACUGUACCUUCAAAGAAUAUCUAGAAAAAUUUAAUCGAAAAAGACUGAAAAUACUCAAAGCUAGUAGAUCUCGAUUUAAUGUAUCAAAAGAACGUCAAGCUGUACGGACAACAUGGCAACUGAAUUUUGACUAUAUAGACAAGCAGUCCGAAGAAGAAGGACUAGGAUGUGCAGCAGUUACUGUAAUGGAAAUAUCAGCAUUUCUUUAUGCAGAUGAAAUUCCACUGACUAUUUUGAAUGUAGGUUCACCCGAGAUUUUAGACGAAGAUCUUCUUGACGCGUUCCAAGAAGAAAUAGGAGUGAAGCAGGUUGCUGAAAUACUUGCACGAUUCUCUUUGUUCAGUCGUUGUGGUGGCAGUACCCUCAGCGUCCAUCGGUUAGUGCAGGAGGUCAUCAGAGAGAAUCUGACUGAUUCAGAUCGGAAAGCGUUCAUCUUACAGUGUGCAACACGUAUGAUAAACAAGGCUCUUGAGAUCACGCAGUCGCCAAGAGAGGCUUUAAAAGAAGAAAAUGUAGGCAGAGCUUCAUUACAGAUGUGGAGUAAAUUAGCACUCAAUGCAAAUACAUUAAAAACCUAUCUGUUCGAGUUUACAAAGACCAAUAAGGAACAGAUGCAUAUUUGCUUUAAUGUUGAAAGCACAAAGCUGUUACAAACAACUGCAAUAUACCACAGUCUGUUUCAACGACAAGACGAGGCGUUAGCCUGCCAAGCUCAAAUGUUGAGCAUCAUACCGGCACUUGGCAUUGCUGAAUCCGAUUACAGAGAACUAACAUGUAUAAAGAUACCCCUUUUACAGAAUGACAGAGAGAUUAUACAAAGUAGUAUGACAAUGGCUAUGUCAACGGGAACAGAACCGUUGGUAGGAGUAGAUCAAGCACAAACCGUUGUACUGUUGGAUCCAGAACCAUUGCGCAUUAUGGGAAAUGACGCUUUUAAGUCACAGAAAUACCAAGAUGCCAUUCAAUGUUAUACUGAAGCAAUCACUGCCAGUCAAGGAAAUAUUGAUCCAAAAGUUCUUUCAAACAGAAGUCUUGCCUACUUAAGAGUUUCCGAUUAUGAAAACGCUAUGCGUGAUGCAGAUUUAUGUAUACAGAAAGAUCCGAACGCACACAAAGCGUAUUCAUGGAAGGCAUAUGCAAUUGCUAAUCUUAUUCGUAUUGGCGUGUUGCCGAAGUCCUGGGAAUCGGCUGGUUUGGCAGCUGCAGCUGUUGCCGGAUACCUUAAUAACCAGUGUUUACUAGAAUACAGGAUGAAAAUUGAAUAUCCAGUUGUACGAUUCAAAAUUAUAGAAGAUCAAUCCACUCUAGGACAGGAAAUGGUUUCCAUGAUGAAUAGGGCUUAUACAACAUUAUUGCUACGUAAAGGUAGUUACAAGAUAAAUCUUUAUAAAGCAGAGAUCGCUACAAAAAGUGUCCAGAUCAUCGGUAUAGAAGAAGGUGUUGAAAUCCAUAGCCCGCUAGGAGUUUCCUUGAUCCACCCGAGUAAAAUAAGUUCUAAGUUUCAAUUCGAAACCGAUAUUAAUGUAUUUUUUGAAAACGUGACUUUUCCUAACGAGACUGGGCAAAUAUUUGUCGAUGGUCGAGUGAACGCAACAUUUUACAGAUGUGUGCUUUCAAACGGUAGAAAGGGCUGCGAAGACUUUCCGUUUUGUAAUGGUCGUCGUGGUUGUUUAAAUCCAAACCCGGAGGAGUGCAGAAAUUUAAAUGCGUUGCAGGAAAAAGCGUCAUGUCCGCAUCCGAGCGGAAUCGUUGGUUGUCCCGGCAUCUGUGCAAAAGGGAAUGGAAAUGUAUUAAUAGAUAAUUGCACACUAAACAGGUGCGGUGGUGGGGGAACUCUCAGUACUGAAGGAUCUGUUCUUACGAUAAGACACAGUACGAUCAGUAAUAUGAGACAGAUGGGUGUUGAGGCAAGAGAAGGAGGCUUUACAGUUGCUGAAGAUUGUACAAUUUGCGAUAAUCAGUUCCAUGGAGUGGCGAUAGGACCGAAAGGAAGAGGGGUUGUAAAAAACUGUGUAAUACAAAACAACAAAAACGAAGGGAUCUGGUGCGGAGGCAAUCUGGACAUAGGGGAGUCCCGUUUAACACAAACAUCGAAUUCAGAAGGCGGAUCAACGUGCAUUAUCUUUGAUAAUUUAAUCUAUCAAAAUGGAAUGUCUGGAAUAUCUUUGGAUGGGGGAUCGUAUGAUGUUUCUGGAAACAAAAUAUUUGAAAACUGGCUUUGGGGAAUGAUGGUGAAAUCUAGAUCAACAACAAACAUAUGCAACAAUGAUGUAUUUGAGAACAAGUGCGGCGGCAUAAGAAUUGGUGUAAAUUACUCAGCACCGGUCACGAUAGAUGGAAAUACUAUCCGGGACCAUACUGGCCCUGCUGUUCAUACAGAAAGGGUCCCCGAAACGAAUGUCCUUCUUAGGUCGUUACAUGAAAACAAAGGUCUAAUGGAAAGGAUGAAAGAUAUCGGUAUGAUGGAUGAUGAGAGCACUAUUUUUUCACUACCACCUAUCAUAACAUCAAGAAAUGUAAUUGAAAAUAACAACAGAGGCCAACAACAUCCACGACAAAUCCUAGACCUUGUAGAAACAUGCUGUUUCUGUCAUAUUGAUUCUAACAAACUGAAAAAAUGUGGGAAGUGUAAGAAGGCAAGCUACUGUUCUAAAGAAUGUCAGAAACAACACUGGAAACGUCAUCAGAUUAUAUGCAAACUCAUGACUGAAAACUUUACCGUGGACAUAAAGAUGUCAGAAACAACUAAGUGGGACGUAUACUUCCAAAGCUCGCUAGGAUCGAAUGUAAUCCGCGGAACAAACGCUCCUUUGCCAGGUUUAGGGGAGGGAACACCUCCUGACAUGUCAAGUGAUAGAAGAUUUACUGUCAAGAUACAGUCAGGACAAGAAUACACCAGAUAUGAUCCAAAUAAGGAUAUGAGACUGUAUGACCAAACUCAGACCUUGGAUAUAUUUUUCAGAAACCCUAACAUCUAUCACUUAGUUUGCGAGUGUGGUGUUCUAGCUGCAUCGAAAUUCACCACAAAGAAAAUGUUCUGUUGGGCUUCGUUUAAAAACAACGGCAAAACACUGCGUAUAUAUACAGACACUUUGCCACCAUUUCAAACAUGGUAAUCAUACAGGCAAUUUAAUAUAUCAGAUGUUCAAUACACAACAAAAUACCCAGUGUACAUACUCAUCUGUGCGUUGUUUAUUUUGUAACAGAUUUACUUGUACGUACAAAAGCAAACAUAUUCUGACGAUGCAUGAUAUACUUUUGAGACAGACUGAACUUAAAUGAAUUAAUAUGAACAUGCCGACAGCAACUAGUAAGUUGCAUUUAUCGAAAACUUCAUACAGAAGGGUAAAGGUACAUGUAUGGACUUUUUGUCAUUAGGAUUAAUCUUAUGAAAGAAAUUAGCAUUCCGUUAUUUGCCCGUGAUGUGGGGUAUUUAUGAAUACAACAAACUUAAUAUCGGACAUUUCAACAUAUACUCAAAAACUUGGUUAAGUAUGAUAUAGUCGAUGUGGUCUAAAUGAUGUUAAUUAGUAGUAUUUCUUGAUGCAGGUAAUGAACACUUUACAAAUACUUAGAAUAAUUGAAAUAUGGAGACACAGGUAUAUACAUGGUCUCUCGUAAGUAAUUUACUCAAGGAAACUUGUGUGACAACAAGUAAUUUUUCAUAAAUCACUUGUUGUGCAGCGGAUGUUUGUGUGGAUUACGAAUUUUGUUGGCGAUGUCCAUUUAGUUCGAACCAUCCCGAUUAUCCCGUAUGGCGGGGAAUACCAAUUCAGUGAAUUUGCUUGUAUUUUUUUUCUUAUGCAUUUGAUCGCUUUUUGUACCCCCCGACAACAAAGUUGUAAGGGGGGUGUACUGGUUUCAGGUUGUCUGUCUGUCUGUCUGUCCGUCUGUCUGUCUGUCCGUCUGUCCGUAGACGCAAUCUUCUGCGCACCAUCUCUCCUUAUCCCCUUGACAGAAUUUAAUGAAACUUCACACAAGUGAUCAGUACCAACAGUAGUUGUGCAUGGGGCAUGUUAGGUUCUUUUAGAAAAAAAAAUUGCAGAGUUAUGGGACUUUGUUUUUUUGUUACUAUACUAUAUACAUAGACAAUCUUGUGCGCACCAUCUCUCCUCAUCCCCUUGACACAAUUUAAUGAAACUUCACACAAGUGAUCAGUACCAACAGUAGUUGUGCAUGGGCAUGUUAGGUUCUUUUAGAAAAAAAUUUGCAGAGUUAUGGGACUUUUUUUUUUUUUGUUACUAUACUAUAUACAUAGACACAAUCUUGUGCGCACCAUCUCUCCUCAUCCCCUUGACACAAUUUAAUGAAACUUCACACAAGUGAUCAGUAACAACAGUAGUUGUGCAUGGGGCAUGUUAGGUUCUUUCAAAAAAAAAAAUUUGCAGAGUUAUGGGACUUUGUUUUUUUUGUUACUAUACUAUAUACAUAGACACAAUCUUGUGCGCACCAUCUCCCCUCAUCCCUUGACACAAUUUAAUGAAACUUCACACAAGUGAUCAGUAACAACAGUAGUUGUGCAUGGGGCAUGUUAGGUUCUUUCAGCGACAAAAAUUGCAGAGUUAUGGGACUUUGUUCUUGUUAACAUACUAUGUACAUACAGUCUGCAUAUGCAAUCUUGUGCGUGCCUAAUCUACCAAACCCUUAUACACAAUUUAAUGAAACUUCACACAAGUGAUCAGUACCAACCCUAAUUGUGCAUGGUGCAUGUUACAUUCUUUUAGAUAAAUAUUCUGCAUAGUUAUGGGACUUUGUUUUUUGUUACUAUACUGUAUACAUACAGUCUAUAUACAUACAGUCCACAUAAUUAUGCAAUCUUGUGUGCGUUAAAUUGCAAUGUACUGUGUCAGUGCAUGCGGGGGGUACAUUCAUCACCUUUAGUGAUAGCUCUAGUUAUCGCUACUUUAUGUAGUGUUUUUACAAUUGUGAACAGAAGGAAAGAGAAGCACUGUUGAUUGCUCGUAGUUUGUAGUUUGUAGAGACGGGCAAAAGGCGAAAAAAUGUACUUGCUCUGUAAUCAUCAUAAGCUGAAUAUAGAUACAAAAUUGUGUAUUUGCGUGUAACUUUAUCAUUUUCUGGUACAAGUCACUUUCACAGUAAGCUGCGAAACACGUUUUAAUCAAAUGCUUUGUACAGAAACAGGAGUUUAAUUAUUCGAUUUUCAAACUGCACCAUAUGUAGAAACAUUAGGUUUAAUAUUCCAUAAGCAUACUUUGAAAGUCUAGUGAAAUAAUUUACGGAGAACUGCAUAUAAUUAGUAAAGUUAGAUUGAUAAAACACUGGUUUAGAAUUAAGACAGUCACAGAUUUUGUAAGUUGUUUAAUUAUCUUGAUGCACACACAGUUUUUGUAGAUAAAUAGUCUUAAAGUAUCAGACAGCUACCGCGGUACAUCUUACUGUCUCUAAAAUAAAGUUAGUCUACGUUUACGUAUAUUAAUGUAUUGAUUUAAUUAUAAUUUAUUUCCUGAUUGUCUUUACUUUGUUCUUUGAUCUAUGACAGCUUAGAUUAUUCAUCAAACUAUAACUGCCUCCGGCCAAGUUUCACAUUAUAAAUUGUAAAUAAAUACUGUAUGUAAAUAUUGCACUGGGGAUACAUUUUCUUAUGAAAUAGUAGUUAUAUCAUUAUUAUUUGAGCAUGCAUAAUUUGGUAUAAGUGUGCUUGUUGUAAGACUACGCGCUACGUUUUUGUUAUAAGAGUAUCUGUUAUGUUGAAUAUAAGACGAUCUGUUAUGUUGUAUAAUUUUGUAUGUUACAAGACUGUCUGGCAUGUUGAAUAAUUUUGUAUGUAAUAAGACUAUAUGUUAUGUUGAAUACGUUAUGUAGUAAGACUAUCUUUCAUUUUGAAUGUUUCUGUAUGUAAUGAGGAUACUGUAAAUUUUAUGUGUAAGACCUUCUCUAUCUGCUAUGUUGUUUAAUUUUGUAUGUUAUAAAACUAUCUGCCAUGUUGAAUAUUUUUUAUGUAAUAAGACUAUCUGUUAUGUUGUAUAAUUUUGUAUGUUACAGGACUAUCUGUCAUGUUGAAUGAUUCUGUAUGUAAUAAGGCUAUCGUUUUGAAUAUUUUUGUAUGUUAUAAGACUAUCAGUCAUUUUGAAUGUUUUUUUUUUAAAUAAGACUAUGUUAUGUUGUAUAAUUUUUUAUGUUACAAAACUAUUCCUUAUGCUGAAUAUUUUUGUAUGUUAUAUUUUUUGUUGGGUUUAACGUCGUCAUAUGGCGACUUUUGUAUGUUAUAAGACUGUCAUGCUGAAUGAUUUUUAUGUAAUAAGACUAUAUGUUUCAAGACUAUUUGUUAGAUUGUUUUAGAAAUGUAACAACAAUAUAUCUUGCUAAGAAAAAGUGUAUAUACAGUCCCAUUUUGUUUCAAGUACUUUUGUCUUAUGAAAAUAUUGUCUCAUGCCGCUAUGUAAGAGCAUUGUAUUGUUGAUUAACAGUCAUAUGUUUGUUUUUUUUUUUCAAUAAAAGUAUUCAGUUGAAUUGUCAAUAAAAACCCUACAUUUAUUUGUCUAUUCCCUUUAAAUAUUAAACAUUUCAUUUUGUUUCACAAUUCCUUGCAAGAAACACAAUAUCCGCCAAUUAGCAUGAUCAAAUACUGUUUAAAGGCACUGGCCUCCAGAUCGUUCGCCAACAACAACAACAACACAAAUAAAACAUAUCAGGAAAUUAAUGCUAUAUUUCUAAAGAAAGCUUUGAAAUUUAAUUAUUGACAGGCUGUAUAUUAUGGAAACAUUUGUACUAUUUUUUUAUUCUAAAAAUCGAAAAGCGUUUAUUACGCUUUACGCGAGGUAAACUGCCUUUAUUAUAAAUAUCUAUAUUUAACACGCUUAACACAGUUUUCCGUAGCAAUAUUGGCAAAGACAGCGUAAAAUUUUUUAUUGUCGCAGCGGCCGGAGUUCGACUCCCAACCCGGACAUCUUUUUGUCUUGAUUUGGCAUUUAUAAGAUAGUUUAGAAACAAAAACUCUUUUAAUGUUCAUAAUAUAACUUCAAUUUUAAAGAAAGAUCUUGUUUGGCUAAAAAUCUGGAGUUCAAUGCCUUUAAUAUGUUCAAUGUACAGGAACACAGUUGAAUCUAAAAUUAAUCCCAUAAACAGUACACGGUAAUAUUUAUUAGUCAUGUUUACUUUUAUUUUGAAUCUGUUUCAUUCUGUAUCCAAGCUGUGGUAAUUCUUUAAAUGCAAUAUUGACGAACAUUGUUUGCUGCAUAAUCAUUUUACUUAACAUGUGGUGUUACAUAUAUAUUGUUUCGCUUGUCUUGCCUUGGGCUCAUAACGGCAAAUUAUAGCUUUCCGUCGGACACCGAGUUUGCUCAAAUGAGGCCAAUGUCCCUCAAAAGAGGAUAUCUUAUUGUUUUGAGUGAAUAUGGAAUAUAUCUCAUCGAGAAGAAAGGAGCAUUUAUACUUUCACGAGCAAGUACCUCUAAUUACCACACGGCUUCUUUUUUAUUUAGCGUAUCAAAUUAACAGCACACGAGCGUAGGUUGAUAACCAGAUACUAGUAGGGUAUAAUUUGAAUACCAACCUGUUCUCAUGUACACACAAUUCAAUUUCUUUUCUUCCAAUCAAUUACCUUGAUAAGUUCGCAGAAACAUUCCUUUUAUGAUUUCCCUGUUAUUAAAAUAAAAUAAGUAGAGAAAAUCAUGUGUAUACAGAUGUACAUUGAUGAAAAAAAUGUUGGAAAUUUACUACUCUUUUG